AUGGCUUGCACUUCGAAAUUAUUCCUUCUACUUGUGGCCAUGUUUUUGGGUUUCAUUGCUUUUGUGAGUGGAGAUGCAACACUAAUUAACAAUGUUUGCGGAAAAUCUGGAAACCCAGUCUAUUGCCACAAGUGCUUUAACAUGUAUAGCCGAAGCUCCAAUGAGGAUGUUAAAGCCCUCGGGCGCACAUCCCUCGACUGUUCUAGCCUUCAGUCUAUAAAUGUCAUGGGGCUCGUAGAUAAACUGGUGGUCAAUACCACAGACAGGGCCCUGAAGAAUGCAUACAUCGAUUGCGAAUUGAAGCUCAGUUCUGGGGAUCAACGGAUAAAUAGUGCACUCAAGAGUUGGCAGAAUGCACGUUAUGUGGACUCUGGCAAUCAGAUGUUGGCUGCUCAACAGGCUGUCGGUGAUUGUAUCGCUAGGUUGCAGAAGAUCAAACUCUCUCUGCCUCCUGUAAAUGAGCUACGUACACUUCAUGGUUUCUGUGGGGCAGCAAUUGGAGUUCUUAAACAAAUUCAUUAA